AUGAGAAUCGCAAGCGCUACCAUUCUCGAACAAGACUACCACCAUGGACUACGAUUGCGAGAGAAAGGAACGAAUGGCAUAUGUGCUGGGGUCUGCACAGCUCGUGAAGGCGGACCGUUCAAGUAUCCAAGUAAAUUUAUGGAGUAUGUGGAGAAUCUGAUUGGUGCUCGAGCGUCAUUUACUUCGGACGAACAGAUACGGUAUCUCGGCUGGGCGCUUCUUCUUCUAUGGAUGCUCUCCAUUACCUAUAUGACACGAGAAUUUUGGUUUCCGGCCUCUUUCGAUUCACGUCGUGUUGAUAAUCCGACGCCAUCAACGGAUGCGGCACGAAUGUCGACGGUGGAAAUGUAUCAGCACGGCUCGAAUAACCUUCCGCUGUACACUGUGGAAUUCGUCAAGGUGCCACUGAAGGCUCAUGUGAAGGAUGCCGAAUUGAACCGAUUAUUGAAAUUUAUUUUUUACUACGAUGCUUUACAAAAAUUAGUUGCUUUGUAG